UUUUUUAAGGGGGGGGAGGGGAAAAGGGGGCUAAGAAAGGAGACCAUGUUAACUGGUAGAAGUAGAAUGGAGCUUCAGUUACCAGGGUCCUGAGAGCUGGAAGAAAAAGGAUUCUGUCUUCAAGUUGGGAGGCCAUCCUCUCACCUUUCUUAAAAAUUGCAAGCGAUUCAGUCCUGAUCAAGACAUCAAAACUACAGGAUUCUGGAACUGUGGAGACACUGAGAAACCAUGAGUGUAAGGUUACCCCAGAGUAUAGACAGAUCAGCCAGUAAAAAGCAGUCUCACCUGUCCAGCCCCAUUGCAGCCUGGUUAAGUAGCCUGUCUUUGGGAGAUUCAGCACCUGAACGCAAGUCCCCUUCCCACCACCGCCAACCCUCCGACACCUCUGAGACAACAGGUCUCGUUCAACGCUGUGUCAUCAUCCAAAAGGACCAGCAUGGCUUCGGCUUCACCGUCAGCGGGGAUCGCAUUGUUCUGGUGCAGUCUGUGCGGCCUGGAGGUGCAGCCAUGAAAGCCGGUGUGAAAGAGGGCGACCGGAUCAUCAAAGUGAACGGCACCAUGGUGACCAAUAGCUCACAUCUGGAAGUGGUGAAGCUUAUCAAAUCUGGUGCCUAUGUUGCACUGACCCUCCUGGGCUCUUCACCCUCGUCCAUUGGUGUUUCUGGGCCCCAGCAGGACCCAGUCCCAGCAGGAGCUCCCCGAGUCACCCCUGUGAUCCCACCACCACCACCCCCUCCACCUCUGCCACCUCCACAGCGCAUCACAGGACCCAAACCUCUGCAGGAUCCUGAAUUUCAAAAACAUGCCACCCAGAUCCUUAGGAAUAUGCUGAGGCAGGAGGAAAAAGAGUUACAGCGUAUCUGUGAGGUGUAUAGCCGGAACCCCGGCAGCCUGCUGGAAGAGCAGAUCGAAGGCGCCCGGCGGCGAGUCACUCAGUUACAGCUGAAGAUCCAGCAGGAGACUGGUGGCUUAGUGGACAUACUUCCGCUAUAUGGUGACACCAGCCAGAGAUCAUCAGAAGGCCGACUCUCUCUGGAUUCCCAGGAGGGGGACAGUGGCCUGGACUCUGGCACAGAGCGCUUUCCUUCCCUCGGCGAGUCAUUGGUGAAUCGGAACUCAGUACUGUCAGACCCUGGGCCGGACAGUCCUCGAACCUCCCCUGUGAUCAUGGCCCGGGUGGCCCAGCACCACAGGCGGCAGGGCUCGGAUGCAUUGGUUCCCCCCAGCGGUGACCAGGCUGUAGAUCAAAGCCCAAAGCCUUUAAUUAUUGGCCCAGAGGAAGAUUAUGACCCGGGUUAUUUCAACAACGAGAGCGACAUCAUAUUCCAGGACUUUGAGAAACUUAAGUCACGGCCGGCUCACCUGGGGGUUUUUCUACGGUACAUCUUCUCUCAGGCGGACCCCAGUCCACUGCUUUUUUACUUGUGUGCAGAAGUUUAUCAGCAAACAAACCCCAAGGAUUCCCGAAGCUUGGGAAAAGACAUCUGGAAUAUUUUCCUAGAGAAAAAUGCGCCUCUGAGAGUGAAGGUCCCAGAGAUGUUACAGGCUGAAAUUGACCUGCGCCUGCGGAAUGGUGAGGACAUGCGCGCUGUUCUCUGUGAGGCUCAGGAGGCAGCCAUGCCAGAGAUCCAGGAGCAGAUCCAUGACUACAGAACAAAGCGCACUCUGGGGCUGGGAAGCCUGUAUGGUGAAAACGACCUGCUGGACCUGGAUGGAGACCCUCUCCGCGAGCGCCAGGUGGCAGAGAAGCAGCUGGCUGCCCUAGGAGACAUUUUGUCCAAAUACGAGGAAGACAGGAGUGCCCCCAUGGACUUCGCCCUCAAUACCUACAUGAGCCAUGCGGGCAUCCGUCCUCGAGAAGCACGACCUUCCAACACGGCUGAAAAGGCCCAGUCCGCUCCUGACAAGGACAAGUGGCUACCCUUCUUCCCGAAGACCAAGAAGCAGAGCAGCAAUUCCAAGAAAGAAAAGGAUGCCUUGGAGGACAAGAAGCGAAACCCCAUCCUCAAGUACAUCGGGAAGCCCAAAAGCUCUUCCCAGAGCACAUUUCAUAUUCCCUUGUCCCCUGUGGAAGUCAAACCAGGCAACGUGAGGAACAUCAUUCAGCACUUUGAGAACAACCAGCAGUACGAUGCCCCGGAGCCUGGGAUGCAGCGACUCUCGACAGGAAGCUUUCCCGAGGACCUGCUGGAGAGCGACAGUUCUCGCUCAGAGAUUCGCCUGGGCCGCUCUGAGAGCCUGAAGGGCCGGGAGGAGAUGAAGCGGUCCCGGAAGGCAGAGAACGUGCCCCGUUCUCGCAGCGACGUGGACAUGGACGCGGCCGCAGAGGCCGCCCGCCUCCACCAGUCAGCCUCGUCCUCUGCCUCCAGCCUCUCCACCAGGUCUCUUGAGAACCCAACCCCUCCCUUCACCCCCAAAAUGGGCCGCAGGAGCAUUGAGUCCCCCAGCUUGGGGUUUUGCACAGAUGCCCUCCUCCCCAACCUCCUAGAAGAUGAUCUGGGCCAACUGUCUGACCUGGAGCCAGAGCCCGACGCCCAAAACUGGCAGCAUACAGUGGGCAAGGAUGUGGUGGCUGGGCUAAGCCAGAGGGAGAUUGACCGGCAGGAGGUCAUCAACGAGCUGUUUGUGACAGAGGCUUCCCAUCUGCGCACACUCCGGGUGCUGGACCUGAUCUUCUACCAGCGGAUGAAGAAGGAGGGCCUGCUGCCCCGGGAGGAGCUGGCACGGCUCUUCCCCAACCUGCCCGAGCUCAUCGAGAUCCACAAUUCCUGGUGUGAAGCCAUGAGGAAACUCCGGGAGGAGGGCCCCAUCAUCAAAGAAGUCAGUGACCUCAUGCUGGCUCGGUUCGAUGGCCCCGCCCGGGAGGAGCUCCAGCAGGUGGCCGCGCAGUUCUGCUCCUAUCAGUCCAUCGCCCUGGAACUGAUCAAGACCAGGCAGCGCAAGGAGAGCCGGUUCCAGCUAUUCAUGCAGGAGGCUGAGAGCCACCCUCAGUGCCGGCGGCUGCAGCUUAGAGACCUCAUCAUCUCUGAGAUGCAGCGGCUCACCAAGUACCCACUGCUGCUGGAGAACAUCAUCAAGCACACGGAGGGUGGCACCUCUGAGCACGAGAAACUCUGCCGGGCCCGGGAUCAGUGCCGGGAAAUUCUCAAGUACGUGAAUGAAGCAGUGAAGCAGACAGAGAACCGGCACCGUCUAGAGGGCUACCAGAAACGUCUGGAUACCACCUCCCUGGAGAGGGCCAGCAACCCCCUGGCAGCGGAGUUCAAGAGUCUGGAUCUUACAACCAGAAAGAUGAUCCAUGAGGGGCCCCUGACCUGGAGAAUCAGCAAAGAUAAGACCUUGGACCUCCACGUGCUGCUGCUGGAGGACCUCCUCGUGCUGCUGCAGAAACAGGAUGAGAAGCUGCUGCUGAAGUGUCACAGCAAGACAGCCGUGGGCUCCUCGGACAGCAAGCAGACCUUCAGCCCGGUGCUCAAGCUCAAUGCUGUGCUCAUCCGCUCCGUGGCCACAGAUAAACGGGCCUUCUUCAUUAUCUGUACCUCCGAGCUGGGCCCACCCCAGAUCUACGAGCUGGUGGCAUUGACAUCAUCAGACAAGAACACAUGGAUGGAGCUCUUAGAAGAGGCGGUGCGGAACGCCACCAGGCACCCUGGAGCCGCCCCAAAGCCCGUCCACCCGCCGCCCUCAGGCCCCCAGGAGCCAGCCCACCAGAGCCCCACACCCAGCAGGGAAGGACUGGAUGACUCCGAGGUGUUCCGUAGUGAGCCAGAGCCUGAGACAGUACCUGGAGGCACUGGGCCCCAGCAGAGGGUCAAAGGGAAGCACCCGGUCCUGCUAGAGGGCCCCAAGCAGGAGGGCAGCAUAGAAGAAGAGGAGCUGGGUACGCUGCCUCACCCUUCUGCCUCCCUGGAUGGAGAGAACAGGGGCAGCAGGACAAGGGACCCCAUCCUCCUGCCCCUCCCAGGCCCUCUGUUCAUGGAAGGACUCGCCGAUGCAGCCCUGGAGGACGUGGAGAACCUGCGGCACCUGAUCCUGUGGAGCCUGCUGCCAGGUCGCCCCAUGGACCCACAGACUUCUGGGGAGCCCGAGGACAACCUGACACCUACACCUUCCGUCAUCAGCAUCACUUCUCACCCCUGGGACCCAGGCUCCCCAGGGCGAGCUCCCACUGGGGGUGAAGGGGACAGUGCCCCGCUCUCAGGGCCAGAGCGGGGCCAGCAGGAGGACACGGCUCUCUGUUCUCUGGAACACCUGCCCCCAAGGACCAGGAAUUCUGGGAUCUGGGAAUCUCCUGAGCUGGACAGGAAUCCAGAGGAAGAAGCUUCGAGCACAGAGGCAACAGGAAGUUACAAAGUUGUGAGAAAAGUCUCUACUGUCCCUGGUGGUGGUGUCGGUGCAGCUGAGGUGGCAGGCAGCAAAGUUGUCCCUGCACUACCAGAGAGUGGCCAGUCAGAGCCUGAGCCACCCGAAGUGGAAGGCGGAGCAAAGGCUACGGGAAACUGCUUUUACGUGAGCAUGCCGGCAGGACCCCUGGACUCAAGCACUGACCCCUCAGGGGCACGCGUGGGGCCCUCCCAGCCCGAUGGCCUCCCUGCCUGGCAGCCGGCGCCUCGGCCCGCGCUGCGGGAAGGCAAUGAAGAUCAAAGGCGCCUGGGCCGCUCUCCCCCUAGCCUGGCCCUCAGGGACAUGGGCAUGAUCUUCCGUACCAUCGAGCAGCUCACCGUCAAGCUCAACAGGCUCAAGGACAUGGAGCUGGCCCACAAAGAGCUGCUCAGGUCCCUCGGGGGAGAGUCGUCUGGUGGUACCACGCCUGUGGGCGGUUUCCACACAGAGGCAGCUAGAUGGAUAGACAGCUCCCUGUCCCCUCCAGCCAAGGAGCACCUGGCCUCUGACUCCAGGGACAGCUGCGAACUGGGGCCCUGCCCUGAGGACGGCCACAACGCCCCGCUGGAAGACGGCCUGGCGGACUCGGCCACUUCCCCAGGACUGUAGCUGUCCAAACCACCGAAUCCUCCGCGUCCCGACUCCUCCUCUAGGGACUGGCCUGAGGCAGGGCUCCGGGGGGGGGGGGGGUAGCCCAAAGCCCAAACCUCCUCCCCGCGGUGGAGGCAGGCGGCUGAAGAGACAGCUCCAGCCAAGACCGGGGGGAGAUGCGCAUGUUGCUUGGUCUGCUCAGAUUGGAGUCAAGUUUCCGUGUCUUUUCCCCUCCCUUCAGCCCAACCCUUCGAGGCCUUGUGUCUCCUAAGCAUGCUGACUGCAUCUGAAAGGCCCCCCUCGUCCCACGGAUGUGCACGCCUGUGUGUGUGGGUGAAAGGAGGCGGCUCCAGUGUAAAUGCACUUUCUUCCUCCCCUCCCUUCUCCACAGAGCCCAAGGCUGGGGCGGGUGUCUCCACCUCUCCUCUUUGUCACUUUGGUUUCCUAUAAAUAUGUAUGUAUUGUAUGUGCAUCUUUGCUAUUGUAAAUAACUUUGACCUUUUUUGUUUCUGAUCCUGGCGUGCCGAAGGCAGUUACAGAGGGACUGCUAAGGGAAGAGGAGGUUCACUUGUAUCUCUUUGUCAGCAGCCCAGCUCCAGGAUCAGGGCCCAAAGGUGGAGCCAGCCCUGAGCGCUCCGCCCCCCCACCUCCCGUGGGCAAGGCGGCAUCCAGCUUCCGGCCCCGCCUGGCCAGAGAGCCUAGCCUCUGCAGCUCGGUGCUGAGCUACUCCCUCCCUCCUAGGACUUCUCAUCUUCAGGGGAACUUCUUACCCCACCUGUGUCCACCCUGCCCCACCCUCUCCCUAUAGAAAACCAGUGUAUCAGGUACAGAGCUGAAAACUGGGCCCCAGGGAGGUGGGGGUAGGGGUUUGAAUGCUGGAGUCCCUAAACUAACCUAGGACCAUCCCCAGGGGCCACCACAGCCUUGGCCCCUAUUACCACAUCCACUCCACUCCCCACAGACUAAUAGAAUAUACACACUGUGCUAGGUGUAUAUAUACAUAUAUAUAUAUAAAUAUAUAUAAUAUAUAUAAAAUACAGAUAUGGAAAUGACUGUUUUGCUGUUAAAAUAAUGUAUACUCUUUUAUUUUCUUCCUUUCAUGGUUAAGAUUUUUUUUUAAGAAAAGUUAAAUAUUCUUCAACUGUG